UUUUUGCCAUGCGGAAAAAGGGACGUUCGUCAGGAAAUCUUUGUAAUCUUCGUGGGAAAAUGUGUGGAAAAAGCACAGCAGAUUACGAGGAAGAACUUUGGGGCCCAAAAGAGGAGAAGAAGCCACAACUUCAACUACUGGAUGCUGUGUUCCAUCUGCAGCCUCAAAUUUUGCUACGCAGAGCAGAUGUCAGUGAAAAUGUUCAUCCAGUGUCCCAUCACAUCAAAGAGAAAGAGGUUCAACACAUCAAAGAGGAGAAAGAGUUCCUACACUUGAAAGGGGAAGAGGAGGACGAACUCAUCCAGGCUCCAUCCACUGGUGUCCCUUUGAAGCCUUUGAAGAGUCAAAAUGGUCAAAGUAAAGAGAGACGAGGAGUGGAGACUCCAAGGAGUAACAACUCAAGUUUUGGAAACAACUGUGGAGGAUCACAAACAGACGGUGAUGAUGAACAGUCGGAAGAUGUCACUGAAAAUCUUCAUCCAGAACGGCAGCCAUCUAUGUCCCGUCAUAUCAAAGAGGAAGAGGAGGAUGAAGAGGUUCGACGCGUCAAAGAGGAGGAGGAAGAGUUUCUACACAUGAAAGAGGAAGAGCAGGAAGAACUCAUCCAGGUUGCAUCUACUGGUGUCCAUUUGAAAAGUGAAGAUGGUCAAAAUGAGGAGAUACAAAGGGCUGAGCCUCCAAACAGGAACAGCUCAAGUGAUGGAGACGAUUGUGAAGGAUUACAAACAAACGGUCAUAAUGAUGAUGACGGACAUUCGGAAGGUGAAUGCUCAAAAUGUUCUCUAUGUCGGAAAACUUUUGCUUCUAAGAGCAAUUUAAAAAAACACAUGAAAAUACACACAGGUGAGAAGCCUUUUGCUUGCUCAGUUUGUGGUCAACGAUUCACUCAGAAGGAACACUUAAAAAGACACACAAGAACACACACUGGUGAGAAGCCUUUUUCCUGCGCAGUUUGUGGUCAAAGAUUCUCUCAGAAGGAACACUUAGAAUUACAUACAAGAAUCCACACUGGUGAGAAGCCUUUUUCCUGUUUAGUUUGUGGUCAAAGAUUCUCUCGGAAGGAAAGCUUAAAAAUACACACAAGAACACACACUGGUGAGAAACCUUCUUCCUGCGUAGUUUGUGGCCAAAGAUUCUCUGACAAGAGGUACUUAAAAUUACACACAAGAAUGCACACUGGUGAGAAACCUGUUUCCUGCUCAGUUUGUGGCCAAAGAUUCUCUUAUAAAUAUCAGGCUCAGACACACAACUGUGCUGGUGAGAAUAGCAGUGACCAAGAAGCUUUUAAAAUCCACACAAGAACCCACACUGGAAAGAAAACCUUCUCCUGCUUAUUUUGUAGAAGAAGAUUCUCUGACAAGAAAAUCUUAAAAACACGCAGUAGACACACUGGUGAGAAGCGUUUUUCAUGCUUAAUUUGUGGCCAAAGAUUCUCUGAGAAGAGAAACUUAAGAAGACACACAAGUACACACACUGGUGAGAAACCGUUUACCUGUUUAGUUUGUAAUCAAAGAUUCUCCCAGAAGGAAAACUUAAAAAGGCACACAAGUACACACACUGGUGAGAAAUCUUUUUCCUGCUCAGUUUGUGGUCAAAGAUUCUCUCAGAAAGAAAACUUAAAAACACACACAAGAACACACACUGGUGAGAAACCUUUUUCCUGUUCAGUUUGUGGUCAAAGAUUUUCUGUGAAGAGAAAUUUAAAAAUACACGCAAGAACACACAAUGGUGAGAAACCUUUUUCCUGCUUAGUUUGUGGUCAAAGAUUCACCCAGAAAGGAUAUUUUAAAAUACACACAAGAACCCACACUGGUGAGAAACCUUUUUCUUGCUCAGUUUGUGGUCAAAGCUUCUCAACGAAGGAAUGCUUAAAAAGACACACAAGAACUCACACAGGUGAGAAACCUUUUUCCUGCUCAGUUUGUGGUAAAACAUUCUCUGUGAACGGAACCUUAAACAUACACAAAAGAACACACACUGGUGAGAAGCCUUUUUCAUGCUCAAUUUGUGGCAAAAGAUUCUCCCAGAAGGGAACCUUAAAAACACACACAAGAAUACACACUGGUGAGAAACCUUUUUCCUGUUCAGUUUGUGGUCAAAGAUUUUCUGUGAAGCGAAAUUUAAAAAUACACACAAUAACACACGAUGGUGAGAAACCAUUUUCCUGCUCAGUUUGCGGUAAAAAAUACACUCAGAAGGGAAACCUAGAACUUCACACAAGAAUGCACACUGGUCAGUAAACUUUUUCCUGCUCUGUUUGCAGUCAAAGAUUCUCUUUUAAGUAUCAGGCUCACACACAAGUGUGCCAGUAGGAAAAGCCACGAUCAAGAAGCUUUUAAUGUACCGUAGUUUCUCAAUAGAGUGCAUAUUUAGCUAUGGAUGAAAAAGGUAUACAUAUAAAUUUUGAUAUGAUAUUCAAUGUCUUAUGUUACACAUUUAUAUAUCACAGUAAUGUGCGUCACCAACCUGAACUCUGACCUCCUUGGGGAAAGCGUGGGGGGGAGCUUUGCAUUUUAUGAUCGUUAGUGUAGCAUAUUGGUUGCUGCUGCACCAAACAUCAGAAACGACUGCGUGUGAGUUUAACUUAAAGACAAAAAAACUUUGACUAUAAGGGGUAGUUCUGCAGCCGCUUUCAAAAGAAAUGUGUUAUAAUGUUGGCUGAUGACGUGACAUAAACCAGAAGGAAAACAACGGGAGUUGAAAGUACGUAGUACAAUCAUUAAAAAAAAAAAAGCAUACACAAUUGAAAUGCUUGCGUUUUUAAAAGUGCCCAUUACGCUCAUUUCUACGUAGUUUGAGCUCUCGUUUUGAUAGCAACCUGACGCUAUGAAGAUUGUAGCCGAACGAGGCCAAGAGUAUGCGCUGUUAUCACGGUUGACCGUUGAACCUUCCUCUCAUCGCACUGACAAUAAUGAGGAAUAAAGGGAACCAAGAUUCUUAGGAUUCAAAAAAUGUGUCCUCACAAAUGCCAUGGAUGGGAAAGAGUAUGACAUGCUAUGGCAGGAAGAUGGGAUCACUGUUCAUGAAUGCAGGAGGCAUCAGAACUGGACCAAGUCAUCAAUGAUGAGUUUGACAGUGAUUCCUGAAGGUAGCUACAAUGGAUAAUUUUCAGAUUGGAGAUGAGUCAAAUGCUUCGUUUGAAGUCUUGGUCAAGGAUGUGUAAUGUAAUGGGUAAACUUCACUAUACACAAAUAUGUAAUGGAAAAAAAAUGUUUGUUAAACAGUGUAAAAUAGAUUGAUUAAGACUGUAAUAUGUAUUAUCAACAAUUUUAAUAAAAUGUUAUGCCAUC